UUGCCGUCUCGGCCCACCGUCGAGCAGUUCCCAGCCCUCGCUGGUAAAACCUUGAGCAACGCAGAACUCCGGCGAGCAACACCUCGUCGCUGGCAGUCCAUCUUAGCCAUUCGUCGGGCAAGCAGUAAAGCGGGGUUAAUUCGAGCAGUCUCGAACGAGAAAAAUCCGCCGCCGGCAGUCCAUCUCAGCCGCGCGACUCCUUCAGCAGAUCCCGUCCUCCACCAUACGCGACUAGCCGCCCUUGCGAGCCCUUUUCGCCGGCGAGCAUCACCUCCGUCUGCGACCGCCGGCAACGCCCUAAACACGCGAGCAGAGCCACGCUGCGAUGCGUGGCUAGCACCAGUCCCCGUUCUCGCGACCUUCGAGCAUAGCAGCGGCACCCGUCGGCCUUCGGUUACGCUGAGGCGAGUGAGGUCAAUGUCUGGGAGCUUUGUGCUGAAAUCCGAUCCCAACGUCUCCGUGCUUAUGGAUUCGAAGAGUGGUAAUCUCGAAUUCCUUUUCCUCUUCGGGUGUUUAGAUUCUUGA